AUGACUUCGUUCUGCAGAAUCCGGCUCCUCGUGAUCUCCACGAUCGCCUUCUACUCCGUGUACCUUUUCUCCUACAAGUGCCACCAAAAGACGCUUUUGGAAAGCUUGCUCCACCCUGGUUCCGGCAGCGAUUUGGCCCAUCCCUUUGCCACGCAGCAGGACCAAUCGUGCGAUGUCUUGAACACCGGCGCCGACUUCGUGGGGCCAUACAUGGCCAAGGCCAGCGGCUUCCUUGAGCAGCACGUGCAAUCCCACGACUUGUUCAAGAAGUACGACGUGGGCUCCAAGAUCGACCACGCCAAGGCCCAGUACUUCGAGCACGUAUACCCCCAGGUGCACAGACUCAUGCAGUACUUCGAGAUUGCCGAGUACCACGCCGCUGUGCACGUGCACAACUUGGUUGGCCAAGUGAAGAAG